ACAUACACGAAUGAGGUAGAUAUGGAACGGGUUUUCUGUAAGGGUUGUGUUCUGAUGUAAAGAUCGAUCCUCUGUUAAAAGGUGACAGCUAGAAUCAUAAAGAUCAAAUAAAAAGGGCAGAGAGAAUGAUGCAAGGAAGUGGACAAAUAGCAGUGCCUCCAGGGUUCAGGUUCCACCCAACAGAUGAGGAGCUUCUUUACUAUUAUCUGAGGAAGAAAGUUUCUUUUGAAGCCAUUGACCUUGAUGUCAUCCGAGAAGUUGAUCUCAACAAACUUGAGCCUUGGGAUCUCAAAGAAAAAUGUAGGAUUGGAUCAGGACCUCAGAACGAAUGGUACUUCUUCAGCCACAAGGACAAGAAGUACCCGACCGGAACACGAACGAACCGGGCGACAACGGCCGGAUUUUGGAAGGCAACGGGGAGGGACAAGGCCAUAUACCUGAGCAAUUCCAGGAGGAUAGGGAUGAGGAAAACGCUAGUGUUCUACACUGGCCGUGCUCCUCACGGCCAAAAGACUGAGUGGAUUAUGCAUGAGUACCGUCUUGACCAAGACGAUGCUGAGCUUCAGGAAGAUGGGUGGGUGGUGUGCAGGGUUUUUAAGAAGAAGAACUUUAACAGAGGAUUUCAUCCAGAAAUGGAUCAAGAAGAUGAGCAGAUAAUGGGCCACAUGGCAUCAACAAGCACUGCUUCUAAUAAUAAUUGCAUGAAGGUACUUGAACCAUUAAAACACCACCACCACCUUCAUCAUCAUCAAGGACUUGUUCAUCAACCUUAUUAUGAUGACCACCAUAGUAAUAAUAAUAAUAGUUUUAAUUACAAUAGCUGCUUUAAUGCCUCAAUGCACCUACCACAGUUAUUCAGCCCAGAAUCUGCAGUACCACCCCUUCCUUCCGCAACCUCUUCGCCCUCCUCCACGUCGACUAUGAACCCCAUGGACGUCCUUCACUGUUCUCACAACUUACUUAGGCUCGCUUCAACUUCUUCUCCUCCUCCUGGGGGACUCGUUAGUAAUCUCAUGCAGCAACAAGGUGAUCACAGACUCAAUAAUGGAGACUGGUCGUUCUUGGACAAGCUAUUAAUUUCACAACAACAGCAACAACAAACUAUGGUUACUCCUUUGGGGGCUCCUUCUUCUUCCCACAAGUUCCCUUUUCAUUACCUUGCUUGCGAUCAGAGCCAAAUCAUGAAGUAACCUUCUUCUUCUGUCAUGUGUUUAUGAAUUAAUUGGCUCCACCAAUUAAGUUACAUUCAAGUCCUGUGUUAAUUAGAUGCUUGUUCAAUUAUCCAGUUUUUUUAUUUUGAGUAAUGAGAACUAUAUAUCAAUUGUACGUGUAUAUUAUCUGCAUUUGUGUGUGUCUGUAGAGAGAGAGAGAGCUUUCAAGUUUAAACAGGGAAGAACAUGUGUGCCUGUGGCAAGGGAAUGAGCUUUAAUUCAAAGUUUUAAACUGUGAAGAAAAGUGAUGGAUUGAGAU